AUGCGCACCGUGGCGCUGCCGGUGCUGGCGCUGCUGCUCUUAAGUCAGAGAUACCGCCUUUUCGCUGUUCCUCCGGGUUGGGAUGAAGACGCCGAAGAGCUUCUUGGGCUGAAGUCCAAGUCUGAGAAUCCAUUCGACAUCCUGGGCAUCCCACAGACUUCGGAGCAGGCGGCAGUCCGGCCUGCGUUUCGCAAGCUGGCGGCCACCCUGCACCCAGAUGUGGCAGGCACCGGCGAUUCUGCGGCUUUCCGCAAGGUGUUAUGGGCCUACCGGGAGCUGUCAGCUGACGGCUGGCGGCGCUGGCGGCGAGCACCGCGAGGGCGCUUCGAGACGCCGCAGAGCUUUGGCGAUGACUUCGAGGAGCUCUUUGAGGAGGAGGCAAAGAUGUGGCAGGCAGUGGCCUUUAGAGGCGCCGUGGAUAAGGGAGACCUGGAAGAGGUGAAUGAGAUGCUGGAGAGCGGAUGCAACCCGAACUACCGGAUGCCGGAUGGGUCCAACUGGACUGUGCUGAUGCUGGCGGCCUAUAGCGGCCACGAGGAGUUGGUGCAGAAGUUCACCAAAGGUGGCAAGGGCGUCAGCGACAAGGACCCCCGCUCCGGCUUCCAGGCUCUGAUGCUGGCUGCCAUGAAGGGCCACGCAGCAGUGUGCCGGUCGCUGCUGGAGAAGAAGGCGGAGGUGAACGCGGUGAACGAGGACGGGGAGACACCUCUGAUGAUGGCGGCGGCCAUGGGCCACACAGACGUGGUGUCUCUGCUGCUGCAGAGCGGUGGCUUGAGCUCCGUGGACGCCAAAGACAAAAACGAGAUGAGCGCCAUCAAGAAAGCCGCGCGCUGGGGCCACGUGGACUGCCUCCGGCUUCUCACCAAUGGCAAGUUCGAUGACCGAGAGAUGAAGCACUGCCUCCUCUUCGGCAAGCUCUACGGCCACCCCGAGGUGGUGGCCGAGAUUCAGAAGGUCCUAGAGCCUGCGGAGGAGGAGCCCGAAGGAGACGCAGUGGAUGCGGGACCAGAUUUGGACGAGUGGGAGGAGAUGUACCGGCGAAGACAAGCAGAGAAAGCUGCUCAGGUGCAGAAGUCCCAGCAACUCCUGGUGAAGCGCAUCAUCCAGGGGACCUACCAGGAGCAAGGGUCCAAUCACGGACGGCCCAUUUUCAAGAAGUCCUUGGAAACUGGCGAGAGUGUCGCCAUUUACUACUGGGAUGAAAAAGAUGGUGCUGACUGUGAUGGAUGGUGGAUUGGCGCCGAAGUUGGCGGCGACAUGGUCUUUGCCUUCAACGUGAACCAAGCUUCCAUGAUCCCACCUUUGAUGGGUUGGCGCUUCCCCCUGCGCGGCCCAGUGGACUACUCCCUGCGGAUUGUGCCAGGUGCCAACAGCUCUCAAGUCCGGAUCACCUUCGACAACUAG